GCCCAUGUUGGGGGCAUGGUGGGACAUUUCCACAAAGGCCAGUUGGGACGGAUCACAGGCCUGGACCCUGCUGGACCAGAGUACACCAGAGCCAGCCCGGAGGAGCGUCUGGAUGCCAGAGAUGCCCUCUUCGUGGAAGCCAUCCACACCGACACUGACAAUUGGGGUAUUCGGAUUCCUGUAGGACACGUGGAUUACUUCGUUAAUGGAGGCCAAGACCAACCUGGCUGUCCCACUUACUUUUAUGCAGGCUACAAUUAUCUGAUCUGUGAUCACAUGAGGGCUGUGUACCUCUAUAUCAGCGCCCUGGAGAAUUCCUGUCCGUUGAUGGCCUUUCCCUGCGACAACUACGAGGACUUCCUGGCAGGACACUGUCUGGAUUGUACUAACCCUUUUCUGCUUUCCUGCCCAAGGAUUGGUCUGGUGGAACGAGGUGGUGUCCAGGUAGAGCCGCUGCCCAAGGAAGUGAGAGUCUACCUGCUGACCACUUCCAUGGUUCCAUACUGUGUGCAUCACAGCUUUGUGGAGUUUCACCUACAGGAACCAAGAAACAAGGACACAAGCAUUAAGGUCACCUUCCUUAGCGGCAAUGUCUCCUCCUCGGUCAAGAUCACCAUACCUAAACAGCAGCUCCAGGGGAAAGCAGUCAUGGCCCAUGCCAAUCCUCCCUGCCAGAUAAACCAAGUGAAACUCAAGCUUAAGGCUUCCAUACUUAAGGUUUGGAAAAAAGACCAGACUGUCCUUGCUGGGAAGUUCUGCACCGCGCCUCUGCCGGUCAAUGACAACAAAAGGAUGGUCUGCUUACCUGAGCUAGUGACCCUGCAAGCAGGUGUGACUGUUUCUCAUGACCUGAACAUAACUUGUGUUUAGUACAACCCUAGCAGGACACGUGUUCCUGAAAUUGGGAGGGGCAAGUGGAAG